UUUAACACAAAUAUGAAUUGAGAAUCCAACAAAAAGAGGAAAGAGAAAAACAGAUCAGAAAUCAGUUUAAACAUUGACCUCUUCCUAGUAAUUCCGACAAACAUGCUGACAACAGCCACAAUAAUGACUUGCCAACGUCAACAUAAGCACGAAGAAGAAAAAUUGAAACCUCUGCCAUGACAGCCACAUACAGCGUUCCUCCGAACAAAGAAAGCACGAAACCGAAGGAAAAGAUGGGGUUAGUAAGCAGGAGGAGGCUUGUGGUUUCAGAUUUCAUCAUGUCAUUCAUGUGGGUUUGGUCAAGUGUGCUUAUCAAGAUGUUUGUUCAUACAAUUUUGGGUUAUGGGGCUCAUGAUCUCAAAGGUGACAUCCUCAAACAUGCAAUUUCUGUCAUCAAUAUGUUCUUCUUUGCCUUUUUGGUUAAAGCGACCAAAGGUGGAGCUUACAACCCUCUCACUAUCUUAUCUGGUGCCAUUUCCGGGGAUCUCACCAAUUUCAUCUUCACUGUUGCUGCUAGAAUUCCUGCCCAGAUUUUGUUGGAGGCAGAGACCAAUUCCAUAAAGAGCAGCCGUUGCUUCAGCUUCAAUGCCACUGGGACUGUUCAAAGGAGCAGAAAGGCAAAGACUAAGUUACCCGUCAUCUCUCAUAAGUCCCCCCAAUCCAGACUCCCUCUACCUGAGCAGAACUACCCACUACAAAGAGUAAGAAUUGAUCUCUCCAAUCAUUUCAUGGUAUCAGAGAGCGACAAAUUGCUUUCCUCAACAAUGACAAAUCCAUCGAUCGCCACCUCCAUAGCCUCGUCCCAAAAUAUGACGACAGGUCUUUCAAAUAACUUCACUCACUCAAAUCUGAUAAAAUCCGAUAGGAAUAUUUAUGUCCUAUGGCGAUCACAAAUUCUUUCAGCUUUACGGGGUCAUGAUCUGGAAGGAUAUAUUGAUGGAACUCAGGAUUGUCCAUCCAAAUUUGUUGCUAACAGUUCAUUGGAAGGAAAAUCUUCUGAAGAAAUAACUGUUAGUCCGGCCUACACUACUUGGAGAAGACAGGAUCAACUACUGUUAAGUUGGCUUCUUUCUUCUCUCACGGGAAAUGUUCUAGGAAAAGUCGUCAGAUGUGCUACAACCAAGGUGUGGCACGCAUUAGAGACCAUGUUUGCAUCUCAGUCCAAAGCGAGAUUGAUGCAAUUACGUUUGCAACUUCAGACAACCAAGAAAGGUACAUUAUCUAUGACUGACAGAAGAUGAAAUCCAUAGCCGAUAACUUGGUUGCUGUUGCUCAACCAAUCAAUAAUGAAGAUCUUAUACUUUUACAUUCUUGGAGGGCUAGGACCGGAUUAUGAUGCACUAGUUGUAUCUGUGACUUCUAGGCCUGAAAGCAUAACGCUCAAUGACUUGCAUGGACUUUUGUUGAGCCAUGAGACUCGGCUUGAAAAUCUCACAAUCGUGGAACAAGGCUUUGGACAAGCAAACUAUACAACAAAAAAAUCUACCGGGAAUCCUAAUGGCAAUCGUAACCUCAAAGGAGAAGUUGGCUACAAAAGAUACUCCAGUUCAAACGACUUUAGUGGAGAAAGAUCUAGCCGAGGUCGUGGUCGCAGAGGCAGUAACGGAAAUAGAGAUCAUGGACAUAAUUCAAAUGGCUCUUCGCAAUGUCAACUGUGCAACAAAUCUAGACAUAUUGCUCUAAAUUGCUAUCACCAUUUUGAUCAUGCCUAUCAAUCUGCUUCCAAAAUGUUGUAAGUGAUCCUACAUGCUAUCCCGAUUCAGGUGCCAUCAAUCAUCUUACUAAUGAUCUCAAUAAUUUGAAUCUUAAAGGUGACUACAUCGGGGACAGAUCAAAUUCUUAUUGGUAAUGGAGCAGCUUUGAAUAUCUCUCAUAUUGGUGAUUCAAAAUUGAUGUCUUUUUCUGAAGCCUUGCAUCUUAAAAAUAUUUUAUAUGUGCCUGACAUCACUAAGAGUUUAUUAAGUGUGGCUCAAUUUACUACUGAUAAUAAUGUUUAUUUUGAAUUUCACCCUUGUUUUUGUGU